AUGCCGCUGCCAGCAUUUCCCGGUAAGUGCUGCCUACUCAACAUCCCCUUGAGCAUUGCGCUCCCGGCAGCGGCCACAUCACUUGCCUACCUCAACGCAAAAUGGUCAUUAUCAUACGAUCUGAGUCUUAUCAAGGGGCUGUUGAAGAUGUCCAUGAAGUCUCACUUCGCCGAACGUGGCGAUCGCUUGAAUCUCUUCUACACACUGGAAGCCCAGGCACUGGAUCCCAAAACCGCCGAUCGACCGUUCGUGGUGUAUAAUGGCCGAACUUCGACUUUCCACGACACAUACAUCAUGGCACUUCGCUAUGGAGCCUGGUUCAAGAACAUCCAUGGUAUCAAGCGCAAGGAAAUUGUUGCGAUCGACUUGAUGAACUCCUCCACGUUCGUCUUCAUGGUGCUCGGGCUUUGGAGUAUCGGAGCAGUGCCAGCUUUCAUCAACUAUAACCUGGCGGGAAAGCCACUGACCCAUUCGGUGCGAACCUCUACUGCCCGGCUUUUGGUGGUCGACGAAGAUGUUCGACACUGCUUCCCGGCGGAACAAGAGGAGAUUUUGACAUCUCCAGAUUUCCGUGAGGGCAAGGGACCGGUUGAAAUCGUUUUCCAUACUUCGGAAAUCGAGGCUCAGGUCUUGGGAAUGGAACCUGUGCGCGAGGAUGACGCGGUGCGUGGCGGCUUGGUUCCCCGCGACAUGGCCAUCUUGAUUUAUACCAGCGGUACUACUGGGCUUCCUAAACCAGCCAUUGUUAGCUGGAAGAAAUGUUGGUCCGGUAGUCUGUUCUUUGGGCAUUGGAUGAGCAUCACCCCCGAAGAUAGAUUCUUCACGUGCAUGCCUCUUUAUCAUAGCUCUGCUUCAGUACUUGGCUUAUUGACUUGCCUGACGAAUGGUUCGACUUUGGUCAUCGGUCGCAGAUUCUCAGCACGCAACUUCAUCAAGGAGGCUCGCGAGAACGAUGCGACCAUCAUCCAAUAUGUCGGCGAAACACUCCGAUACCUGUUGGGUGUCUCGCCUGAGUUUGACCCUGUAACCGGCGAAGAUCUUGAUAAGAAGCACCGAAUCCGCUUGGCUUUCGGUAACGGGCUGCGCCCCGAUAUCUGGAAUCGCUUUAAGGAGCGUUUCAACAUCCCGACGAUCGCCGAAUUCUAUGCUGCCACCGAAGGCACAACAGGCUCGUGGAACAUUUCGUCCAAUGAUUUCUCCGCAGGUGCCAUUGGGCGGAAUGGCGCACUAGGGAACAUCGUCCUUGGCCGAGGAUCUGCAAUCGUUGAUGUCGAUUUUGAGACCCAGGAGCCCUGGCGUGACCCCAGAACUGGUCUCUGCAAAAAGACUCCUCGUGGCGACCCUGGUGAAUUGUUGUUCCUCAUUGACGCAGCAGACCCUUCGGCCAAAUUCCAAGGCUACUUUGGGAACAAAAAAGCCACUGAGAGUAAGAUCAUACACGAUGUGAUGAAGAAGGGGGACGCCUAUUUCAGAACCGGUGACAUGGUCCGGUGGGAUAAAGAAGGCCGGUGGUUUUUCUCGGAUCGACUAGGUGAUACUUUCCGCUGGAAGAGUGAGAACGUCUCUACCAGCGAAGUCUCGGAGGUUCUCGGUGCCCACUCCGAAGUCCACGAAGCCAAUGUUUACGGCGUGGCCCUUCCCAAUCAUGAUGGCCGUGCCGGCUGUGCAGCCGUCGUCUUCAAUCAACAGAUUGCGAGUAGUAACCUCUCAGACCCCGCGCUGGAGCCCUCGCGUCAGGUUCUUGAUGAUCUGGCCGCGCACGUACUCAAGAACCUACCCCGGUUUGCGGCUCCUUUGUUCUUGCGGGUGACGCCUGAGAUGCAGUCAACAGGAAACAACAAGCAGCAGAAGCAUACCCUUCGUACGGAGGGAGUCGACCCAUCACUUGUCUCCAAGAAAGAUCGACUGUAUUGGCUCCAGGGUAACUCUUAUGUGCCCUUUGGGCCGAGGGACUGGGAGCGGUUGAAUGGCGGGCAGGUUCGACUUUGA